CAAAGUAUGUUGCUUCCGCUCCCCAUGUGGUUAGCUUGACUGAACCGUCUCAUCCGAGCCGAGGCCACCCGCUCCGCAUCGGGUAGCCGAGGAAGAACAGCGCACUGCGGCUACUUCUCUGCCGUUUACCGAGGGUCAGAACCGACCUGGAGGAUUACCUGAGGCAAAGAUAACGACUCGAAAGAAAAACACAGGUGUUGCACAAGAGGUGCCAUAUGUGAAGAAACUUGAGGGUUAAGGACAAAACAACCCAGUGAGAUUUCCUCCUGAGACUUGGUGUGUGUGACAUCAGGAUGGAAGGUGUGUCAGAGUGUGUGUGAGCCAUGGCAUCCACAUUAUCCCAGCUGCAGUUCGGCCAGCUGCGUGGUCUGCGUGCCAAAGUGCUGAGGCGCUACGAGCACCGGCCUUUAGUGGCGUGUCUGUCGGGUCUGUACGGCUGCCGAUGGAGACGCUACGAUAGGAGCUGCAUCCGGCCGGGAGACUGCUGCUGCAACAAGCUGGAAGGUGUCAGCUUUGCUCUGCUUGUGGUGGCUUUCUGCUUAACGCUGGUGUUUCUCUACUUCUGGGGUCAAGCAAAGAACGACUACAAUGACUUUGACUGGUUUAACUUUGGGAAUCUGGGCUUCUGGUUUCCUUGGUCUGUGGUGCUGCUGGUCAUCGCUGCAGGCUUCUUCACCUACGUCACUGUACUCAUGCUGCUGGCGGUGUGCUUGUUGUCAGAAGGCCAGAAGCUUUAUUUACAUUGGAGUCACAAGAUUGGGAUCCUGGUGAGUCUGACUUUCUCCAUCGCAGCCACCGCCGUCUUAUCUGACCUGUGGAGUAAAGAGUGGACGACUUUACUGCUUUCCUUCCAGGUAACUGCACCUUACUUACAUGUGGGUGGAGUCUUAAUGAUGACGGCGCUGGCUUGGCCGAUAGCUUUGCACGUCUUUCGCAUGAACAGCAGAGUAAGGCGGGGCCUGAUCAUGGGGGUGUACCUGUCCAUCCUGUCUGCCCUCUACCUGGUGCCCCUCGGUUUGUAUUCUCCUUGUAUCAAAGAGGACGGCACCCUGGGACCCGCACCGGCCCGCAUCGGCCACAGAGGAGCUCCCAUGCUUGCUCCAGAAAACACAAUGAUGUCGUUUGAGAAGGCCGUGCAGGCAGGGAGUGGAGGUCUGGAGACGGAUGUCACUAUCAGCUUUGAUGGGGUGCCCUUCCUGAUGCAUGACUCCACCCUGCGACGGACCACCAACGUCCACCAGGUUUUCCCUGAGCGGGCCGACGACCUGGCUGCCAUGUUCACGUGGGCCGAGCUGGAGAGCCUGAACGCCGGGGCCUGGUUCCUCUCUCACAAUCCGUUCGGUACAGCUGGCUCUCUGGGAGCGGAGGACCGACUGCAGGCAGGAAAGCAGUCAGUCUGCAGCCUGCAUGCUUUCCUCCAGCUGGCUGCUCAGAGAGACCAACUGGUGAUCUUUGACCUCUACCGGCCACCAAUAGGUCACCCGUACAGAGAUACCUGGAUCCAACGCACGCUGGAUGUCAUCCAGAACGAGUCCUCCAUUCACUCCUCGCAGGUGCUGUGGCUGCCAUCAGAUCUGCGCGCUCUAGUCCAUGAAAUCGAUCCCGAGCUCCAGCAGACAUCAGGCAGUCGCCUCCCUCUAGAGGUGCUCCAGAGCAACCACAUCGUCAAACUCAACCUGCACUACAGCUCCAUGUCCACCAAGCUCACCAGUGAGUACGCUGCAGUGAACAUCACCACCAACCUGUAUGUGAUCAGCCAGCCGUGGCUCUUCUCUCUGGCCUGGUGUACUGGAGUCCAGUCGGUCACCACCAACGCUCCUCAGCUCCUCAACACCAUGAGCUCACCUCUCUUCCUCAUGAGUCCAGACGAGUACAACCUGAUGUGGAUUCUCACUGACCUGGUUUCCCUCGUACUGAUCGUCAUCAUCUUCAUCUUUCACUGGUGGCGAGAGCGAGGACUGGCUUUCUGCUCGGGCAGCAAAAUCACACUGGACAACGGCACUUACAGCAAGUUCAGAACAGAGAUGAGUGAUAUAUGGUCCGUCUCCAGCAUCAACUCCCAAGCAGAGAGGACGCCCAACCUGGCAACCGUGACUGAGCACUAG